AUGGCCGACGCUGACACGGACAAUGCCGGCGGCGAGCUCAUCGUCUGGCCGUGGACCGGCGUUCCCGCCACGGCCACCGGCGACGACGACGCCUCCGCAGCGACCACGCUCACCGUCCACUCUCAGCAGCACUUCGCCGGCGUCCCAACCACCGCGCUCCAAGAAGCGGCGGCCCACGACGGUCACGGUCACCGUCACCACCUCGCCGGCGCCCGGAGGAGGGAGUGUCGGCAGCUGCGCCGGCGUGACGAGGGCGCCACCGCUGGCGCCGGGGAGGAGGGCCUGCCCGGCGACGGCGCGGCCGGGAGGUUCCUGCCGGAGGCCAGCUGCGCGGCGAGGAGCGCGGAGGACGGUAGGGUGGCCGCGAACCUCGCCGGCGUCGCCGAACACCACGACGGGCGGGCCAGGUUCUUGGAGGCCAAGUGCGAGGAGAUGGCCGAGGCGGCGGCGGAGGCGGCGGCAUACCGCCGCUGGCUCCACCACGAGCUCGAAGAGCUUAGAAAAAUUACUGAAUGCAUAAUGUUGGAGAUGAAUCAUGAUGUCCACGAUGAGAAUGGGAGGGUUGCAUCAGAGUUGGAUGAAACGGGAAAAGAGAUUGACACAAAAUCGCAGAGAAUCGAGGAGCUUAAGGGUGCUCUAGAGAUCAGCUCAAUGAUGUUGCCAAGUGGACAGUGCAGCGUGGGUGACCAUGCUCAAAUGCUACAAGAAAUUCAUAAGCAAGAUAUGGAAGUCAUUUAUGCAAAAUUAGAGCAACUUGAGAAGCAGCUCGAGCAGAGGCAAGCACUGGAAUCCACAGUACGGCAGCUGAACAUGAAAAUACAAGCAGGGGAGAGGCUUAGACAUGAUGAUUAUGAACACAUUUACAGCAUCAUGAUAUGUUUGAGAACAAUUAUAGAUGAAGAAAAAGAAAGGCUGGUUGACUCUUGUGCUGACCUCAUAAAAAGAGUGCAAAUGAACUUCAGUGAGCUUCGAGAGCUUCGCCAGGAGUUGAUUAAGGGUUUCGAGAACAUGACGAUCAGCAAAAACACAAUUAUCGGGAUAAAAAGGAUGGGAGAACUUGAUGAUAAGCCUUUUCAUCUUGCAUGCAAGAGGAAGCACAGGGAUGAUGAUCCUUGGGGCAAAGCUGCAAUGCUGAUCUCAUACUGGCAGGAAGAACUAAAGAAACCAUCAUGGCAUCCAUUCACAACUAUUCAGGUUGAUGGAGAAGAAAAGGAAGUUGUAGAUGGAGAUGAUCCAAAACUGAGGCAGCUAUGCAUUGAUUACGGCAUCAGUGUUUGCAAUGCAGUGAAGGCCGCCAUGGCUGAGCUCAACGAGUACAAUCCUCGUGGACGCCACGUCACGAAUGAGCUCUGGAACUUCAGGGAAGGCCGGAAGGCGACCACAAGCGAGGUGGUGAAGUACAUCUUGAAGCAACUGAAGACAAGCAGUUCGCAGCCUGACAAUUGA